AUGGGCUCCCUUACGAAUAAGUUCGCGACCGCCGAUAUCAUACGGCGUGAACCGUCAUCUGGUCUCUCAAUUUUGGUUGUCGGUGGUGGCAUUGCCGGGCUUGGCUUUGCUAUCGAAGGAUAUCGAAAGGGCCAUGAUAUUCGCAUCAUCGACCGACGACCCAACUUCGACGACUACGGUGACAUUAUCGGCAUUGGAGAUUCCGUGGUGCACACUUUGAAGCAGUGGCCUGGCUUUCUAGAAGCUUGCUACCAGACGCCAUUUCCCCGAUCCUAUGAUGCAUACAAAUUUGACGGAAGUAAGAUUGGCAAGCUUGGGGAGGGUCUGGGCAUGAGCAGGUCGGAGUUCCAUUCGCUGCUGCAUCAGUAUGCUCUCAACAUCGGCAUUCCAAUUCGCUAUGGCGCGAAGGCGGUCGACUACUUUGAGACUGAAGACGAAGCUGGCGUUGAGCUUGAAGACGGAGAGAGGAUUUCUGCAGACAUCGCUGUUGCUGCGGACGGCAUUGGUUCCAGAUCGUGGCGAUUGAUAGCCGGCACCAAGGAGCAACCUAUAAGCUCAGGCUUUGCUCUGUUCAGGAGCACGUUUCCUGUUGAGUUGGCUUUGAAGAAUCCUUUGGUCGCUGAGGCUAUCGGGAACAUUGAAUGCGUCAGCCGACUCUUCUUUGGCUCGGGGGCUCAUUUGGUCAUGGGGAAGACUCCCAAAGAUAUGAUAUGGAUGCUUACCCACAAGGAUGACGGGAACGCCCAGGAGGACUGGGCCAAGCCUGCUGACCCGAAGGAUGCUCUGCCAUAUGUGGAAGGGUGGGCACCUUGGAUACAAGAGAUUAUCAAAAUGACGCCCAAGGAUGGAGUUGUGGACUUCAAGCUCAUGUGGCGCAAUCCGAGGCAGAAAUGGGUCUCUCCGAAGGCCAGGGUUGUUCAGAUCGGCGAUGCAGCUCACACCUUCUUGCCCACGUCGGCGAGUGGUGCGACCAUGGCACUCGAGGAUGCGUUCUCUCUGGCAGCUCUGCUUCAUCUAAGUGGAAGGACCGAUGCACCUCUGGCCCUCCGAAUUCAAAACAAACUCCGGUUCGAACGCGUGGCUUGUGCCCAGAAGAUGGGGUUCAAGAAUCGGGAGAACUUUCACAAUACGGACUGGGAUGCUGUGGCCAAGAACCCAUCAUCGAUUCUCAAGCAGGUUGAUAGAUGGGUUUCCGAACACAACCCUGAGCAGUACGCGUACGAUAGUUAUGACAAGUGCUCAGCUCACAUUCUCUCUGGAAAGCCAUUCCAAAACACGAACACGCCUCCGGGACACACCUUCAAACCAUGGACGGUGGAUGAGCUUCUGGCAUACGCUGAGCGAGGAGAGAGAAUCACGGAUGACGGAGAUUGGUCGUGA